CCCGGGAGCUGCUUUCCACAAGGGCGAACAAGGGAUGGAGUUUUCUCCUGUCCGCAAACUUUCCUCUGAGGAAAGCAGAUUAGGAAGGCGUUAACAGGUUGUGCUUUGAGAAGGACGGAAAGAAAAAGGAGCCCUUCAUUAAACAACAAAGCCCUCCUUUACAAAUGCGGGCUUCUCAAGGUAGAAAAUCCACAAACUGAUUUCCGUACCCUCAACUUUCCCUCUCCGCACCACCACCAAAUAAGAAGUAAACCGGAGCCCUGCAACCCUCUGGGCGCGUUUCUAAAUGACCCCUCGGAGCAGCGGUGUUGGUGAUGUCAUCGCAGCGCGACGACCGGAAGUAAGCUGCGGAGCCGCGGGUCUGCGCGGCGUUCUGAGCUCGGGAGUCUGACAGCGGCGCGUUCUCCUCUCCCAGGUUCUAGCCGCGAUGGAUAAUGCCUGCGAAUCGCCCACGGAAAAAGGUGGAGAGACCGGGGAAUCAGAGGAGACGACGGCGGCUCCUGGGGGCCCCAGGGUUACGGAUACGGACGGAAUCCCGGAGGAAACCGACGGUGACGGAGACGGGGAAUUGAAAGAGGCCGCCGCUGAAGAAGGCGAGCUCAAGAGUCAGGAUAUUACAGAUUUAACAGCAGUUGAAAGGGAAGACUCAUUACUUACUCCUGCAGCCAAAAAACUGAAAAUAGAUACCAAAGAGAAGAAAGAGAAGAAGCAGAAAGUGGAUGAAGAUGAGAUUCAAAAGAUGCAAAUCCUGGUUUCUUCUUUUUCUGAGGAGCAGCUGAACCGUUAUGAAAUGUAUCGCCGGUCAGCUUUCCCUAAGGCAGCCAUUAAGAGGCUGAUCCAGUCCAUCACAGGCACCUCUGUGUCUCAGAAUGUUGUUAUUGCUAUGUCUGGUAUUUCCAAAGUUUUCGUCGGGGAGGUGGUAGAAGAAGCACUGGAUGUGUGUGAGAAGUGGGGAGAAAUGCCACCGCUGCAACCCAAACACAUGAGGGAGGCUGUUCGGAGGUUAAAGUCAAAGGGGCAGAUUCCCAACUCAAAGCACAAAAAAAUCAUCUUCUUCUAGACCAGAGUCUAGAAGGGCCUGGUACUGAAGAACGAAGCCCUGCUUCCGGACCUCCUAUUGCAUGAGACUCUCUGCACUGGUGCUUUGGUAUCUCAGUCCUCUAAGAAUUCCAUGAUGAUUUCAAUGUCUUUCUCAAAACUGAUAAUUUAUUACACCUAGAAGGUAGCAUGCACCCUGUUUCGUACUUGCUUUGACUAAAUAUCGGGACCUCUGAGGGCAUCUGAGGCAUUUAACUAUUACUGGCUAGUUGGAAGAAGAAAGGUUGGUGUGCCUUAAGCAUCUUCUGGACAGGAAUGCUGCUUUCAGAAAGAAAACCUGUUCAAAUGGUUUGAUGGUUUCACAUUGAAGCCUGAAGUUGCUGUGACUUGGGUUGUUUCUUUACAUCUGGUUUUAAGUAAAUGAAACAAGUCAGGAGCUUGGCCUGUGAUUCUCUACCAGGAAGGACACAGUGGCAGCAGCAGCAGUGGAACAGUGUCCCUGUAAAUGUUUACGACUCUUCUAUGGACUCUGGUGAAUGAUUAAUAAAGCUGUUUUCCAACUUGCC